GGGCGCGCAUAGAAAGGGAACCCGACGGAAGGGAAGCCGCCAGACGAGGAGAGAAGGCGAGAGGGAAGCGAAGAGUAGAGCCAAGUAGUAGUAGGAGCAUAGCGCGCGCGCGCGCGAGAGAGAGAUUUUCGUGAGGAUUUUCUGAGGCGCUGUUUCUCGGAUCUGCGCGGUGGUGGUGGUGUCCGCUGGAAUCCGGCGAGGGGCGGUGAUUUGCCGGGGAUCGGAGCCGCAUGUCUCAGAUCUGAGAUGGACAGGAUCCGGGACGGCAGGAGGGGCAGCGUAUCCGUAGGAGGCGGGCCGCCGCCGCCGAGGAGGCGGCUCAGGAGCAACGGCGGUGGGGGCGGCGGCGGGGGCCCGAGGGACUCGCCGCGGUCCGAGAGGCGGCGGGGCGAGCGGCUCAUGCUCAACGGCGGGGGCGGCGACGGCCGGGAUGACGGCGACGACACCACCGACGAGAGCCUCGGCGACGACGACGACGACGCCGAGGAGGAGCUCGCGCCGCGGUACCAGCCCGCGCAGCGGCGGUCGCCGAGCACGGCGCCGCCGCCGCCGUCGCCGCCGCAGCCCAGCGGCGGGCACCACCAUAGCAGUAGCAGCAGCGGUGGCGGGGGUUACCACAACCACCACCACCACGGCCAGCAGCAGCAGAUGCAGCGGAAGGGGGGCUCCAAUCCGAAGAGCCCCAUCGUGCUCAAAGCAGCCGACGAAAUGAUCGGCGUGCCUGUCCCGAGGAAGGCUCGCUCAGCUUCUACGAAAAGGUCUUCUCACGAGUGGCCAGUCCCCGGCGGUGGAAGCAGCGGCGGUGGUGCUGGCGCGGGAGACGGCUCGCAGAUCCAACGGCCUUCGUCACGGCCGAUCUCCCCGGCGUCGGCGUCGGCGUCAACCACGGCCCCUGCUCGGAAGAAGCUGAAACUUGGUGGCGGUGGGAGCAGCGGCGGUUCUGGGCCAGCACCGAAGCAGCGACCGUCGCCUUCCUCAGCUCCUUCUACAGCCCCGCCACAGCCGCCGCCACCAAAGAUUUCAAAGUCCCCGUCUUUCAUCCAGGAGGAGAUCGAGGUCGCCGAGGUGCUAUUCGGGCUUACGAGGCAAUUUCCGUGCCCUCCCAAGCAGGAGAGCAACCACAAGCUCGAACUCAGAGACGUGCCGGAGGCAAAGUCCGGGAACUCCUCGCCGGCUCCCUCGUCUUCUGGCGUCCGACCGUCAGAUUCCACCUCCCUUGCCACUAUAGCGCCAAAGAGGAAGAGACCACGGCUGGUGAAGUAUGACAAAGACAGCCGUCCGGCGAGCCCAGCAAAGCCGGAGUUGGCGCAGCCGUCCUCAAGGCAGGAGGCGCCUCCUGUGGCAAGAUCAGAAGCAAAGACAUCGACUCCGGCUGCAGCCGAGAGUGGAACCAGCUCUGCGCCCGCUUCUACCCAACUUGAGGCUUCACGAGAGCCAGAGAAGAUGGAGGAUCGUAGUAGAAGCAGAGAUUCGGAGCUCCGGGCCAGCGAAUCAGAUCGCUGGGAUCACAAGCUGGAAAGCCGGGCAGAGCCGCCGCCGGUGCCUUCAGGCAAGCCGGGCGGUGAAGCAACGCCGAUGGGCUCCGAGGCCAGGAACGGCGAAGCUACCGCCACGACAAAGAUUGAGCUGGCAUCGGAUGGCGCUCGGCAAGACAAGUUUUGCAUUGAUCUCAUGGCUCCCCCUCCUGGGAAGCUAUCUCCUGAUAGAGAUUGCGCCUCCGACCCUGAUAUGGAUAAGAAGGGAUUGGAUUCUGAGAUGGACAUGUUGGGAAGAGGAAAUUCUGAAAAGAAAGAUGGCGAAAGGACUCGGAGAGGGUUCGAGAUUGAUUUGGAGGACCAGAAGGUGCAAAGAAUUCCGGUCGACGAGCUUUCUCCAAAGAAGCUCACGCUGCAGUUGGAUUUGGAGAAGCCCAGCCUUGCCGACGAAAAAUCACCAUCAGAACAACGGCAGCCGCAUCCACCACCAUUGCAGCAGCAGAAGUCCUCAAAGUCUGAGAUAAAAUAUGAGAAAUCUGCUAUGCCUGCUGUUACACCACCAAUGCCAAUACCUGUUGGAGGCUGGCUGGGGAGUUUCCCACCGUUUGGUUACCUUGGUCCAGUCCCCGCGCUAUCAGCAGCUGGUCUUCAUCAUCCUAUGGACGUAAAGCCAGGGUCUUCAAGCGGGUUACAGCAUGCUGCAUUGCUUCCUCCACCGCCAACACGCUCAAAGCGCUGUGCUACGCACUGUUUCAUUGCACAACUGAUCCAGUACCACCAGCGACUUGCAAAGAUGAACUCUUUCUGGCCACCAGCAGCGGCUGCUGCUGCCAAUAGAUCGGCGCCAUUCUUUGGUCCAAGACCAUUCAACAUGGGCGUUGUGCCACCGACCGAUGCCACAUCCCUACUUGUCAACCCAAUGCAGGGGAGCUACCCUGUUAGGGCCCACACUCCACUGCAAGAAGCAAAGGCUCCUUCAAUGGCUUCCUCCCCAUUCCAGGUGAGCCUCUCAAAGGAUAAGGCGGCACUGGGCAAUGCUGCUGGUGCUGAAGCAAGCCAAAGGAAGCAACCCCCUGCUCAUGAAACACAACAGUCCACCCCCAUGCCAAAUAUGCUGCAAGGCCCAGCAUUCAUCUUUCCAUUCAAUCAGCAACAUGCUGCAGCUGUGGUGGCUGCAAGUGCUGCCAAUCGAGUAGGGGAUGCAAAAUCAUCUGGAGCCAGUAAUGUGACACCACCAUCUGCCAAUGCCCACGCUUCAGCAGCAAUACCUGGUCCCGCGGCCAUGAACUUGAGCUUUGCCAACUUGCAACCGGCUGAUGCCCAGUUCUUGGCUAUCUUACAGAAUGGUGGCUACCCGUUCCAGGUUGCUGCCCAUGCUGGAGGGCCUCCAUCAUAUCGAGGCAUGGCACCACCAGGCACAGCUGUUCCAUUCUUCAAUGGGCAUGUGUACUCUUCGCACAUGCUGCACCCAUCACAGCAGCAAGGUGCACAGCAACAAAGUCUUCAGAAGAAUCCCAUGCCAAGCUUGUCCACUUCAUCUCAGAAGCAUCAGCCACAACAAUCGCAAGGGCUAUUGGGAUAUUCACCAAAUGCGAAUGCAGCUGCAGCUGCUGCUGCCAGUAAUUCCCAGAAUUAUUCCAGUGGCAAUCAGCGACCUGCUCUACUAUCUGGCCCCGUACACCGACAGGAUGGUGAAAAGACUGGGCAAAAUGGCCCAUUGAGUGACGACAAGCCAUCUCACCAUCAGAAGGGUGUGUAUGAUCAUUUUGCUGUUCCAGUUCAUCUUCCGAACUUCGCAUUGAUGCCAGCUGCUCAAGCUGCUGGCAGUCAAAAUGACAAGAAGUUAAGUGAUCACCACCAGCAGCAACAGCAGCCACAAGUCAGUCGUGGCCAGGGUGUGAGAAUUGAUCUUGCGUCAUCUCAGCCUUUUGUGAUGCCCUUCAGCUCCAUUGGUCCUCCUGGAUCUGCCCCAACUGGUCUUGACUUUUCUGCAUUGGCGCAAAACCAUGCAAUAUUCCAGCAUCAAGAAGCAGCACGGCAUGGUUAUCCUCAGCUUAAUUUUGCUGCAGCUCAAUCUGUCCAAGCCUCACAGCAUAAGCCCCACCAUCAGAUCACUGGAGAAACGAAAUCUGUUGCUGGGGAUUCAUCCUCCACACCCAGCGCUGGAGAUGAGAGAAAGAAACCAGCAUCUACUAAGUACCCGGGUGAUUCACAGCAGCAUUCACUUUCCUUCUCCAGGACAGAAAGCAAGUCUUACAUGCCUCCUUUCCUUAGUGGCAGCACUAAUGAGAGCUCAUCCCGUACUUUGAGCCUUAUUGGAGCAGAAUCUCCAAAUGCCUUUGGUAUAGGAAACAAACCCCCAAGUUCUUCCACCCCUGCAUCUACACCAGCUGCAGCUACUUCCACCAUUUAUCAGCAGCAGCAGCAGCAGCAGCAGCAUUACCUUCAGCUUCAGCACCAGAAGCAUCAGCAGCAACUGAUUCAGCAUCACCAUCUGAAUCGCCCCAGAUCUGCUGCACCAAGUACACCAAGUAAUGCAGGUGGAUACCCAGACCGUCUGAACAUGGCGAGCUUUCAGAAUAUAAUGUACUCAUCAGUUGCUGCCCAAGGUGGAGUUCAAUCUCCUCAAUUGAAGGCAUCCUCAGCAAGAGUGACAGCAUCAUCUGCUGCUGCGACUCCCCCUGCUGCUCCCCCAUCCAAUUUGAUUGUGAUGAAGAACAGUAAUCUCCAUCAGCAACAAACAAAAGUUCCUAUGCAGGCUCUAUCCACACCCAGUCACCAAUCCCAGAGUUCUUUAAGCAUGAGUUCGUCAAAGAUGGGGCCUUCUGUAACUAAUCUUUCUACUGGAGGGGAUCUAUCGCGAUCUUCAAAUGCUCCUGUUGCUUCCGGUUCACCAUCCAAUUCAGUGUCAAAAAGUACCGGUGGCAGUCCACCUGCUACUGGAAGUGCAAAGGGUGUUCAGCAGUCUGUCCAAUUGCCAUCACCACAACAACAGUCCGCCAAGAAUCCUGCAUCGUCGUCGGGGUCGAAGUCAACUCCCAUAAAUCACUACAGUAUGGCUAUGCCAUCAAUCCUUGGCCAGCAGCCUAAUGUGUCACCUGCUUCUAAUCCAGGCAGUAAGCAGCAGUCGCAUAUACCACCGUCAGCAUUGAAACAGCAGCCUUUUCCAGGUCACUUCUUCAUAUCCAACAACGCGUUCACUCCGCAAGCUCCAGGAGCUGGUGGUGCUUCAGCUCUCGGCCUCUACCAGAAGCGUCCAGCUGACAAGACGCCGCAGCAGGUGCUCCACCAGCAGAACGCCAUGUCGGCUGCCGCCAGCAAUAACAUGAAGGCGCUUCAUUCUCCAUCAGGUGGUUUCAUGCAUCUUGCAGGAGCAGCUCAGUCUGCGGGUGGUGUACCACACUCUCACAUGUCAGCAGCACAAUUGACGUUUGGGGCAAUGCCGAUGCCUGUAAAACCCUCAGGUGAUCAGAAGCCUGCCGCUGGAAAGUAACAUCUGGACACCCACACGUCGGAGAGCUGUUCUGAAUCGGCGAGCUAACUGCUAAUUCAAGGGACAAGUGCGAACGGCAGUUACACCUCUUGGGCGCAGAAGAAGCAAUUGCGACAACAAUGGCUGUGGCAGCUCAAAGAACCCGCUUAGCUGCUGUUGUCAAGAAGGAUGGCGCGCCCAUUCCAUCCAUGCAGAAGCUUUGCUAACUUGAGUAUUCGGAAUGGUUGAUGGGAGUGAUACUUUUGUGUAGUUGGUUAUCCUCCCAUGGUGGAAGGCUGGAGGUGCAUAGAAUCUCUUUUAGCCGUUUUUAUGCAUGGAUGUCCAAAGCUGAUCUCUCUCUCAUUUCUUCCCCUCCCAACUCUCUCCAGCUUUGCUCCUUUUUUGUUGUUCUCUUAACUGAAGGAAAGGUUCAAUUAGAAUGCAGGAAAAGUUAACUUUGUGA